UUUUCUGACAUCGACUUCAGUUACGACUUUGGUGUGUAAGGAAACAAAUCGUUUGCAUAGCUAGACAAUAAAUAUUAAUAUUUUUAUAAAUAUUUUUUUAACUAAAUUACACCGGCUAAGUGAGACGUUAAACUAAAACAUAUAAAAUGAGUGUAAUCCUUUCGACUGUCAAGUGUUUUGUAUUCGCUUUUAAUUUUUUUAGUUUGAUACUUGGCAUUUGCAUUGUUUGUUUGAACACUUUCGGCUUGGAGUAUGCCAUACCGAAUACGGACGAGCACACCUACUGUAUAGUUGGUAUCAUUUUGGGCUCUUUUGUAUGCAUGGCCACGCUUUUUGGCUGUUAUGGUGUUGUCUGCGAGUCGUUAGGCGUCAGUGUAAUUUACUCGUUCUUCAUGCUGAUGUUGUUGGCAGCACAAUUGCUGCAAAUGCAGACGUAUAAACAUCAGAAGUUCUUCACGAAUGCGCUGGAUCUGCUGGAGGACGCAUGGGAUGAAGUUGGUGUAGAUCCAGAGACAAUGCACUCGGUGGAGUUAAAUUAUCACUGCUGUGGCCUAUAUAAUGCCAAUGACUACCGGUACAGACGUAUGUCAACGCCCGUAAGCUGUUAUCGCUACCAAAAUGCUACGCUUGAAUCGAAUUUAUUUACUCGCGGGUGUGUUGAAGCGCUGGAAACGACGUACCAUAAGACCAUGGAGCGAGAAAAUGUUUUCAAUUGGUCCCUACUGAUCACUCAAUGCGCUGUCUUUCUCUACUCGUGCGUUCUGAGCAUUUUGCUUUUCAGACGGCAUCGCGCAACAUAUCGCACAGGCAAUGCAGAGGAUGACUAUGAGGCUCAACAGCCUGGGCCGCACUUCAACCAUGUCAACUCGCGCUCCCAUUUGCUCUCCAAUUAAUGAAAGUGCUAAAAGAAGUACUAUUGCAAAAAUUCAUAUUUAAUUUUUAAUUUCGCAGUAUCUGAAAU